GAGAGACAGAUAGACGGGCAGCAGUAGCAGCAGCAUCUCUGCACAGAAGCAACUGGGGGACUUCUCAGGUCGAGACCCUUCUUCGGACUGAAGGGUUUAGAAGCCGUUGCUGUGAGCGGCCAUUGAGGGCAGCCAGGGUGCCAGUGAGCUCUCCCCCUUCUCUGCUUAGUGUGCGGGCUGAGCUUUGAUGGAGGACCACAUGACGGGGCACAACAAGGAGAAGCAUUAUGAGUGUGACGAGUGUGGCAAGCCCUGGCAGAAGCUGAGCCAGCUGGAGGCCCACCGUCGGGUGCACAAGGGAGAACGCCCCUUCGACUGCUCUUAGUGCAGCAAGUGCUUCAAGAUGAUGAAACACCAGAAGAUCCACUGUCAGGUUCAUACGGGCGAGAAGCCCCAUGGCUGCUCCACCUGUGGCAAGAGCUUUGCCGACUCGUUGGGGCUGCAGCUGCACCAGCGCGUGCACAGCAGUGAGCGGCCGUUUACCUGCUCCAACUGUGGCAAACGCUACAAGUCGUCGUCAAACCUGAAGAACCACAGGCGCAUGCACACCAGGGGAGAAGCCCUACACCUACAGCGACUGCGGCAUGGAUUUCACCCGCUCCACCCAUCUGCUGUCCACCAGCAGGUGCACUCUGGCGAGAGGCCCUUUGGCUGCUCCGACUGCAGCAAGUACUUCAAGAGGACAGAAGAUCUGAAGAUCCAUUGGCGAGUGCAUCCCAUAUGGCUGCUCCAUCUGCGGCAAGAGCUUUGCCAGGUCAACGGAGCUAUGACAACACCGGCGGGUGCAUAG